CACUUGAAGGUCACAAAGAAGAAAAACGGCGGUGUUGUGACCUAAAGUCCCUUUUCUUUUUGCGGUUCAAUAAGCACAAUCAUUCAUUGUUUUACGAGGGGUUUAAAGCGCGUUCACCUCAAUAGGUUUUUGGGUCACAUAAAUGACUCUUUCUUUUACUUCUAUUCGGAUAGCAAGAUCACCUUGCCCCUUCACAUCAGAUGCCGGUGUCAAGUGCAUGUUCGCUUCUGACUGUGGUGGCGACGCUAUGAUAGUGCAGUGAUGUUGUCUUCGUCUUCCUUGGGCUCCAAUCGCAUCUCAUUAUUUUCAAAACUAAGACUAAGCAAGACAGCAGUCGUUCCUCUCCUCGACUGACAGUCAAAGAGAGUGCUCCAAUAUAUCGUUGGAAAGCUCCCACAAACCAAAAGAAAAGACAACGGAUUCACAUACAUUAUUAUCAACCAUGCGUGCGAAAUAUCAUCUUCCAACUACAUUCCUCCUUCUCUUGGUGGCCGACUGCUCGGCACUCUUCAAACACAAGGUGCGCAUUGUGGCAUGUGUGGAGAAGUUAGCUAGCGGCAACGUCCGAAUGUGGGAUGAACCAUGGCAAGGAACCCCCGAAAGUGACGAGGCUUGGGAUACCUACUAUGGAGGUUCUGUGGAAUCUCUCGGCCGGGGCAAAGUGUGGAGCAAAACGUGGACAUCGGAACUGGACCUCUUUGACAACAGCACCGAGGCGCACCCGAACGCAUUUCUCUUUCAAGACUUGGUGUUGGGUGGAGAAGAUGAUGAAGUGUGUAUCUCGGACAUUCGAGCUGAAACCCAACAGAGCGACGGCAAGUACAAGGUGCGAUGGCGUCUCAUGGAAGACUUUUGGUUGGCGGGCUAUGGCUCCAACUACUAUCAAAAGAGCAGAAUCAACAAGUCCCCCUGCUACACGGAGCUUCAGGUGGGAGGGUGUGCCGUCACCUUUGCCAGGGACAAUGACGAUGGUGUGGACCACUUUAUGAAACACGUUGCUACCUGUAAGGAUGGCCGACCUCCAGCAUCAGACGACGAAGAGGGCAUCAAUGUCCGAGAGCUCUUUCCUCGGAGGAGGCUGGGAGCUCCCCUCUUGCAGCAAGCCGGUCACGCUACCCACGAAUUCUAACUAGCUGGCCAGUUAGGUAGCUAUGCUGAUAACUGCUGUGGUACUGGGACGGGAUGACAGCGAGGGUGUUGGUGCAGUGCGACCAAUGUGUUGCUGGGGAUGGGUAGGAGUGGGGCCAGGCAGGGGGUUGACAAAGGGUCUCAUCCUGGUGAUAUGUGCCUUGAACACGCAUUGAGCAACUUCCAGCAAGCAUAACAUGUACCAAUCUAAUCUAAUAACAGAAUGUAUG